AAGGAAGGGCCGGCUGCGACAGGAGGAGGGAGGCCCCUUGCGCCGGCCGGGCGCUAUAUUCGCGGUUCCCUUGUUCCCCGGUUCCCUUUCCCUCGGUUCUAAAAUCCCUUUCCCCCAAGGGGUGGGAACUGCGCCCUCAUGGCCGAGGUAAAGGUGAAGGUGCAGCCGCCUGAUGCAGAUCCGGUCGAAAUCGAAAACAGGAUUAUAGAAUUAUGUCACCAGUUCCCUCAUGGAAUCACAGACCAAGUAAUUCAGAAUGAAAUGCCGCACAUAGAAGCCCAGCAGCGGGCAGUGGCCAUCAAUAGAUUGUUGUCCAUGGGUCAGUUGGAUCUCUUAAGAAGCAAUACAGGCCUUCUGUAUAGAAUAAAGGACUCUCAGAAUGCUGGCCCUGUCUCAUUCUUUUUAAGUAAAAUGAAAGGAUCAGAUAAUCAAGAGAAACUAGUAUAUCAAAUCAUAGAGGAUGCAGGAAAUAAAGGAAUAUGGAGCAGAGAUAUCCGAUACAAAAGCAACUUGCCAUUGACAGAAAUUAACAAAAUUCUAAAGAAUCUAGAAAGUAAAAAGCUUAUCAAAGCUGUUAAGUCUGUGGCAGCCUCUAAAAAGAAGGUGUAUAUGCUCUAUAACCUGCAGCCGGACCGGUCUGUGACUGGAGGAGCCUGGUACAGUGACCAGGAUUUUGAAUCUGAAUUUGUAGAAGUGCUUAACCAACAGUGUUUCAAAUUCUUGCAAACCAAGGCAGAAACGGCAAGAGAAAGCAAACAGAAUCCCGUGAUCCAAAGAAAUAGUUCCUUUGCUUCAUCACAUGAAGUGUGGAAGUAUAUCUGUGAGUUGGGGAUCAGUAAGGUAGAGUUGUCCAUGGAGGACAUUGAGACCAUCUUGAAUACGCUCAUUUAUGAUGGGAAAGUGGAGAUGACCAUCAUUGCUGCAAAAGAAGGCACUGUUGGCAGUGUGGACGGGCAUAUGAAACUAUACAGGGCAGUCAACCCAAUCAUCUCUCCCACGGGAUUGGUCCGGGCCCCCUGUGGACUCUGCCCGGUAUUUGAUGACUGCCACGAAGGUGGUGAGAUUUCCCCAUCGAACUGUAUUUACAUGACAGAGUGGCUUGAAUUUUAAUAGAGAGAUACGAACUUUACUGACAUUUUGCCAAUGAAGUUACAUUGGAAGCAAGUAAUUAAUGAUGGAACAUCAGAUUCACUUCAAGGCAAACUUCCAAGAUACAGACUUAUUGCUAUGGAAAAGUAUUUUUGAAGACUAAAUUUAUGUUGGUAGUCAACAGAAUAAGCAACAGGUAAGGUUAGUAGUAAAAUCUAUCCUUCAAUAAAUCAAAUAUUUCUGGAAGACCACACUCUGAAACGUCCAAGAUUUUUGAUAAUUCACAGAAAAAGAAGCCAACAUCCCAUAUUCACCAAGUACUGUGAUAAUGACUGGAGCUUUAAAAUGCCCAUUUUAAAGUUAUUUAUUAAGGUCUUCAUUGGGAAUUUUUUAUAUAUGGCUUACUAUUGCCAUUUCUGUUUUUUUUUCUCAGUGGUUUCAUUGAGAAGAACUUAAAAGUGGUGAAGGUAGGAAUAGCAGGGGAGGACACAGCAAACUUAGAGCAUGAGUGGGGGAGAGAGGGGAACAUCCCUUUUCCAGACACUAUUGAUUCCUUUUUUAUGUCAGAACUGUUCUUUCAGAGGAUUAUGUCUCUGUACUUACCUCAAACCCAAAUGACGACCAUUGUCAAGGAAAUGUUCUCAGUGCAUAAAUAUUAUUCUUAUUCUAAAGGGAAUAUUUUUACUGCUCCUUCUUUGUUAAAGUCUUACAAGUUUCACUCUGUGGCUCAACUGUAUUAUUUGCUGGAAUUUUCCCUUAGGUUCUUAUUUAAUUAAAAUUAAAACUAAAAAUAA